GGCCUUGGCGCUUGGCGCCUUCGGCGCUCGAACAAUCCAACCAACACACAACAACCCUUCACCAUCACCAACUCACAACAACAGCCAUCACCACGACACAAAAACACGAGCACCAAUGUCGGGAGCUCCUCUUGCACGUUCCUCCACCCUGGCGGCAUCUAUUCGCUCGACAGAUUCGUCCUCGCCCCUCAGGCCUGUCCAUAGGAACAAGGUCAAGACAGGGGGGAACAAGGGGGGCCGCGGCCGGGUCAAGGGCAGCGGUUCCAUCUCUCAGUCGCUCAGAGCUGGGUUGACGUUCCCGGUCGCUCGUGUGGCAAGGCACCUCAAGGAGGCGAAGCUCGCAAGCCGUGUCGGCAAGGGAAGCGCCGUCUACCUCGCCGCUAUCAUGGAGUACCUGUGUGCCGAGAUCCUGGAGCUGGCAGGAAACGCCUGCCGCGACAACAAGAAGAAGCGCAUCACCCCUCGCCACAUCCAGCUGGCCAUCCGCAACGACGAGGAACUGAACAAGCUGCUGGCGGAUGUCACCAUCGCAGAGGGCGGCGUCCUCCCCAAUAUCCACGCGAUUUUGCUGCCCAAAAAGGUCGUGGCCAAGGUCGAGACCGACGGAAAGAAGUGAUGUCAUGGUUGUGUCUUACGUCUAUACCGUAGGUGCCAUGAUGUAAGAUGUCACCUCCCUGGAUGAAUUUUUUGUGAAAAUCGGUUUCUCCACAGCAGAAACAGUGGUGGCGGUGCCAAACAUGGCGGAGUUAGAGCCGUCUCGUCGAGAGCUUUUCGACAACGCAUCGUUUCAUUUAUGCAUCCUGUUCGUCGUGGAGCAAUCGAGCUUUGAGAAUCGAUCCAAGGUGUGUGUUAUCUUGCGUCACGUAUGGUACGUGCGCAAACGCACGACCCGAGAAUAGGGGACAGACAGGGUGUUCCGUAGAGACAGGAUGGUACUAGUGAUUCUAUGAAGGUAUGUGAUUGCUUCGAUCGAAAAAGCUGCGAUGCCGCCCCCCACCCACCCGUAGGCCGAUCGACUGACAAGAGAUGAGAGUUUCUCAAUCUUUAUAUCGUUUAUCGUUUAGGUCAUGGGGAUGUUCGGCAUGAUUUGAGUGCUAAAGGUUACAGCGAAUGAUGGUAGUCCAACUUUCAGAGAAUGGUGCAGAAGACGGGUUGUCGUGAAGGCGGGAGGGGUAGCUGCAUAGUGGAUUAUUGGGUGAUAUUGCGAUUUUCACGCACAAUCUUGCAGCCGCAAUAGUGGCAGAUAUACUAGACGGUAGCCGUGUUGGCCGGCCUCGCUGUUCCUUGCUGUGGCAGGACGCUCUACUGUAGUUGUGAUUAGGACUCGAUGGAUUCAUGAUCAGCAAACAGGCCAUGGGUGGGUUGGGUAGCAGCGGAGGAAGUCCUGCUGUGACCUGCCAGGUUUAGUUUUGAUGUAAUUUUUUUUUGUGCUUUUUGCGUACAUGUAGGCGGUAUUUCGCCGCCAAGGUGUCUGGAAGUGGUAGUGUAAAAAUCGUGUGUUGUUUCUUAAUCUUAAACGCAAGAAUCGACCUACCCGCCGACCGACCGGCAAAGCGAAAACCAAGCGUCGAGCUAGCUAAGGGCACGCUCCCGUUGCUGGGCAGUGUCACCAGAAUAGUUCAGCGAUCACAUUGAGGUCUUUUGCAUACGGGUCGGUUGCGUACCGAGCGAGGGCGUGUUUGCGCAACUUGAGAGAGAAAAAAAGGGCUAAAUAGUGCGGCUUUGGUUGCCGAGGCGGAAACGGCUUCCCUACCACGGACGCCACCGCACUGACAACGUUUAGCACACGCCAAGGAGCUGAAGGAACUAUCAUCAUUGUGCCU